AUGGACAGCAUGCGCCACACCGUCAGAAGCCGGCCCGGCGCUCUAGGUCACAAUCAGAGGCACGAUCACAAUCACCGCCCAGGCACAGGAGAAGGUCGUUUUCAAGGGAUAGCCGCUCACCUCCUGCGAGACAAGACCGCAGAUACCGCGAAAGGGACUCGGACCGGCCGGCCGCAAGUGAGCGAACGAGGCAUGAUCGUCGGUCUCCGUCGAACUCGCCUCCGCGAGUCCACCAGGGUGAUCGUCGAAAAAGCGGCCCAAGAAAUGGACAGUCUGAUAAACGUGGGCAAUCCCGCGUUCGAGCUGCAUAACCAGUUAGUCCGAGCGGAUGUGCAAUGGCAGCGGCGCACACAAGUUCAGCAAGCUGGACCUUUUGGUGACUGGCUCUACAAGACGAUACACGCCCAGGACGGCCCGUCUACUGUACGGCACCUGGGGUGCGGGCUUGCUGUGAAGACCGGAGAAUGGUCGAGAGCCAGGGAAGGCGAAAAGAUGGAGGAGAGCUCGGACUUGGGUGGCUGA